AUGCUUGAGGCAAUUGUGAAAAAGUCACCAUUGCAAGAAAUUUCAGUGGAUGAAAAGACAUUAUUGUGGAGGUAUAGAAAAUUCUUGCAAUCAGAAAAGAGAAUUGGAACCAAAGCUCUUACAAAAUUUUUACGAUCUGUGGAUUGGAGUAUUGACAGAGAAGCUAAGGAAGCUGCUUCAUUAAUGCAAGGUUGGACCAAGAUUGAUAUACCUGAUGCUCUGUUCUUGCUGAGUAAAUAUUUCAAAGGAGUGGAUUCUGUAAGAAAUCACGCUGUUAAUGUACUGAAAGACGCCCCAGAACAAGAUAUAUUGUCUGUCUUACUCCAAUUAGUUCAAGCAUUGAGAUAUGAGCAUGAUAUGAGAACUUGUAAAUUGGCAGAUCUUUUAAUUGAGAAGGCAGAGAGAUCUUUAAUGGUAUCGAACGAUUUAUACUGGUACUUGACAAUAGCAUGUGAGGAUAGCAUAAUGGGUGAAUUUUACUAUUCUUACAGAGCUAGAGUGCUAGAAAAUUACAAGACGAAAAAACAACACGAGACUGUAAAAAUGUUACAAAGACAAACAAAGAUGGUUCAAAACCUUAGUGAAAUUUGUCUCUUUGGUAAGACCAAUAGAAAUAGCACUGAAAUUGUAAAGGAAAAAUUCAGAGAAAUAGCAGAAAGAAAAGUCUCUUCAUGGGAUGGUAUAUUUGAAGAUAAUUCAUCACUGAUACUUCCAUUGGAUCCAAGAGUUUCUGUUAAUAAUGUAGAUCCUACAGGUGUGACUAUUUUCAGUAGUAAUGCUAGACCAAUGAAGUUGGCAUUCAAGACCAGUCCUAAGAGCACAUAUCAUGCAAUCUUUAAAAUUGGCGACGAUUUGAGACAAGAUCAGUUAAUUAUUCAAAUUAUUAAUACUAUGGAUACUAUUCUGAAAGACAAUGGUAUGGAUUUAAAGUUGACACCAUACAGAGUGUUAGCUUGUGGAAAGCAGGAGGGAUUUUUGGAGUGUGUUCUUCCAAGCACGCCAUUUGCCAAAAUAAUUGAAAAACAAAGCAUUGAAGAAUGGCUCAAAGACCAGAACAAGAACAAAUCUCAUCAAGAGAUGAACGAAGUUCUCGAUAACUUUAUGAAGAGUUGUGCAGGAUAUUGUGUCAUUACAUAUAUUCUUGGAAUUGGAGAUAGACACUUGGAUAAUAUUUUGCUGACUCCUGAUGGAAAACUAUUCCACAUUGAUUUUGGAUUCAUUCUAGGCCACGAUCCAAAACCGUAUCCUCCACCAAUGAAACUCUGUGCUGACAUGGUCUUGGGAAUGGGAGGUUCUGGAAGUGAAAGGUACAAGAGUUUCAUCAAAAAUUGCUGCAGCGCCUACAAUAUAUUAAGACAACACUCUAGAAUGAUUCUCAAUUUGUUCAUUUUAAUGAUUGAUGCAGGUAUUCCAAAUAUUGAUCAUGGUAUUUCGAGAGAUUCAAAAAUUGGUGAGCAGCUCCUUAACAUUCUCACAGUUCAGCAACGUCUAUGUCUCGAACUCACUGAGGAGGAAGCCAUUCAAUUCAUGAGGAGUGUUAUUACAGAUUCUGAAAGAACCCUAUUUGCAGUUCAUGAUAUUAUGCACAGAUUUGCAGGAUAUUGGAAGUAAAAGAACUGAAAAACCCACUUCAGGUCUUGCACUGCCCAUCAGCUGUCUAUCAUAAUAAAAAAUGUCUUCAUC